AUGGACGAUCCUUUGAGCGCCGUAGAUGCCCAUGUGGGCAAGUGUAUGUUUGAAAAAUGCAUCAACAAAUAUCUCGGAAACAAGACUCGGAUUCUUGUGACUCAUCAAUUGCAAUACUUACGCAACGUCGAUAGAAUUAUUGUUUUGAAGAACGGAACUAUUCAGGCUGAAGGGACUUAUGACGAACUGAGCUCUAUGAGAGUGGAUUUCGGUCGGUUAUUGGAAAACCAAUGGGAGACGAAUGAGAAAUCCUCUCCGCCCCUUUUGGCUUCUGCUAGCCGUAGAAAUUCACACACCAGCAGUAUCAAAUCCUUGAAUUCCUUUAUGAUUGACGACACUUCGAAACAAGGGCCUGCUGAAGUGGCUGAGAUGCGAACAGUAGGCAAUGUUUCCGGCAGAGUUUAUACGAAUUACUUACGCGCUGGCGGAAACUGGUGCGUGAUGUCCAUUGUGGCUAUGCUUUUUAUAUUGACACAAUUAGCAGCCAGCAGCGCCGACUUCUUUCUAGCCCAAUGGAUUGAAAUAGAAGAACACUUUAAAGUUGUAACGGUUAUCCCUUCUUGCACGGUCGGAUUGACUCGUUGGAAUUAAAGAAGAGAGAAAUACUAAUUUG